UAAGACGAGAGACUGAGAGAGUUAAACACUUGAACAGAAGAAACAAAAACUUGAUACCAAAAUAGUUAAACGUUAAACCAGUUUGUUACCGACUGAACUCUGAUUAAUGCUGUUGCACAUUUUUUCCCCUCUUUUCUUCCUUAUCUAACUUGUUAUCUUCUGAUUACAGUUUAUAACAAACAGAAGCAAAUCUAACCUUUGACUUGUUCACUUGUUGUCACAGUUAGUCACUGUCGGCUAAAAAAUCUGGUUAACCGUUGCUGAUGUUUUAUGCUUUGUUUCAAUUUGUUACUCCUUUUUGUUUCAACUUUUUUUUCACCAGCAUCAUAAUCGUCUUCAGUUUUCAUCAGACAGGAACCCUGUCUUUAGUGCCUUUUGAUUCUGUCCAUGAAAUACAACAGAAGAAAAAAUAAACAUAACCAUGAUCAACUCUAUCUGUAAAUUUAACCUCAUCUGUCUCUCUAGCCAUCAACAAUAAUAUCAACUUUCAAUUACUGUCAAACAAUCUUAUGCUGUGUGUUCCUACGUUUUUUAAGUAUAAUUUUACCACCAAAUCAUCAUCAUAUCUAGUCACCUUGCAUCAUUUACUAAUCAUCAUUGAUUUAUUUAUUCUUGUGCUUGCAAUUUUACACCCAAUUGCUUCUAUUGUUUAAUUGUUAUACAGUUAAAUUAUUGAAUCUCACUCAAGACUCAACUCUUGCCAAGUUAAACAUUUUCAUCUGACCAUGAAUUACAAUCAUCUUGCUACCCUGAUUAUUUUAAUUUAUUUGCACAAAGCUUCAUCCUUAUAUCCAGCUGAUCGUUGGUACUUUCCUUUUAAUCCACCCGAUAAUAGUUUGGGUGAUUCAAUUGCCAGUUCAUCAGAAAGCGAAUCAUCAACACAAGCAACUGAUUAUAUUCGGAACAGUGAACUUGUAAGAUUUGUAGACUACUCAUCAACCCUUGGAUCACCUUUAGCGUCACUUUCCUCAUUAACACCUCUGAUUAUCGAUCAAUCAGCCAAAAGAGAGGCACCUCGAAAUGGUACAUUAGCUUAUUCCGCGGCUAAAUCAAUUAUCUGUGAUGAAGAUACUGUUGAAUCAUUAUUUUCCCUGAUCUCACUUGUUCGUCACCAUGAAAAUGAAAAGUCAAAGGAAACAGCACGACAUCGAAUAAUGGGACACUUUUGGAAGUAUGGCUUAGAAACUUAUGCUCAAAAGUUUACAACCAGAUCAGGUUUGAAUGGAGUUAAUCUUAUUGGCAUUUGGCCAGGUAAAAAUCGCAACAAAACUGGUGACUCGAUAGUUUUGCUGGGUGGUCAUUAUGAUACCGUUAAGGGAACCCAAGGCAUUGACGACAAUGGUUCUGGAAUCGUAGCUUUGCUUGAGAUUGUCCGACUCAUUGGAGAAACUAAACCUUCACUCGAUCAUUCCAUAUUCUUUGUGGCCUUUGAUUUUGAAGAAUCGGGACUUUGGGGAAGUAAAGCCUUUGUGUCUGAAUAUUUAAUUCCCAACGAGUUGCUGGGAAAAAGAGUCGACUUUUUAGGAGCAUAUAUUAUUGAUAUGAUACUUACCUGGGACCCAACCGAAGGCAGCCAAAGUUUCAGUGAUGAUUUUAGAAAGGAAACCCCAGAAGCUGUGGCCAAAGUGCGUAAAAAUAAAAACCGAGGAGACUUUGCAUCAAUCUGGAUGAGACGAGGUUAUGACAAAUCCAUCUGGGAACCGUUAGAGAAAUCAUGGAACCGAUUCACCAACAGCACAAAAUACAAACUUAUCGCUUUUGAUCCCAAUUUACCAGAUAAAAUGUUUAUGCGUAAAAAAGAUAUUCGAGAAUCUGCUCAAACAUUUCUACGCUCGGACCACUCAUCCUUUUGGUAUCACGGCAGUCGUAAGAUUCGCCCUUUAAACGCUCUUCUAAUCACCGAUCUUGGACCAUGGAGAGGCUAUCAAAAAUCGUGUUAUCAUAAAGCAUGCGAUGACUUAAGCCAGAUAACUCGAGAAAAGCUGGGCUUUGUUGUCCACAUAAUUUUAACUCUCCAUGAUAUUGUGACAGUUAACCCACCCACAAUUUUAAAUGUUAAUAAAAGAGAGCCUUCCAGCCCUAUACCAAGAAAAUGGACUGGCACACCGUUAAAUUGGCCAACAGCUAGACGAACUCCAAUAGGAUUUGAUGGACCAUAUAACAUUGGUAAUCGUGGAGUGGUUGAUAUUGGCCUAAACAAUUGGUUAUCUGGAGCAACUGAUCCACGUUUUCAGACCAACGACUAUCGACCAUCAACCUGGACAAACAAUAAAUAUCCUAAAUCAUGGCCAACUAGAUCUUCAACCUCAGGCUCACCCUCAUCCACAUCAUCAUCGCCUCCAUCUUUAUUUUCUUAUGAUGUUAGUGACUUCAAUUCAAGGACGCUAUCCAAUCCAUGGUAUACACUGAAUAAUAGACGAUCUAAUUAUUAGAAGUAACAGAAUGCUAUUAUUUUUAAACAAAUUUAUAUUCAAUUUAAUUUACCAGACGUGAUAUUAAAAAAGUAAAAUUUUUAUUUC